GAACACAGCGAUUUGGCGAAAGGUCAAAUUAAGAGUUUAGCUGCAAAGCAAACCUCUAAUAAUCUGUGGAAGAGGCUAGAAAAUGAGCUUAAUUCAGGCGGACCUCCAACUCAUAACUUCACUGAAUGAUAUGGGCAGAUUAUAAAAGCAAUAUUAAGGCGAAGUUGCGAAGGAAUAAGGAGAGCAUGUCGGGAACAGGAGGUGGACCAUCGAGAUUCUGUUCAUUAACUGCGACGGAAGAAGAAGUGGUUGCGUUACUGAACAUAGAUGCAUCUAUAAAUGGCGAGGCUGAAACAAUGCGCUUUGGUGCUACUACCUUCGCCGAUCCUGCAUCAUCUAGCCCACUUGAUUGUAUAAACUUGGAGCCUGAAGAAUAUCCAAGUAAUGAUGCAGAGAAUCAGCCACCGAAUGCUAUCGCCACUACGCCACCGAUUGUUAUUGCACCCCCGAAUCGCGCACGCUCACUAUCACUCGGCAAAGACAAUUUGCUAAAACUGCAAGUGGAAAACCAAUGCCAAUAUCACGAAAAUUCGAUGAAAAAGCUGGACGAAGUAUGUGAUAAUUUAAAUAGUUUAAGUAGAUAUUUUAAGAGGAAUGUUGAGCUCGAAGAGGCUUAACUUCAAUUAAAACGAGAAAAAUUUGAAUUUUUCAAAAAAAAUGAAAAAAAGAAAAGAAAACUGAAGUUAAAAGCACUGAAGCUAAAAGCUAAACUUUGUAAAUAGCUGAUUUAAGUGUAGUUAUUUUUACGAAUUCAUAUUUUAUAAGUUUUUUGUUCCUUUGAAGACUGAUGAAUUGUUUUUUAAGUUAUUUAUUUUUUAAAUAGCAGAUUAAGGUACAGCAGUUGCUUGGUUGUAUUAAUCAAAAAUAAUGAAUAUUUUUUAUUUUUAUGAUAAUUUCAAAUCCAAGCAAUCAAUGAAUUAGUUGUAUGUAAUUUUUUGUUGAAUUGUUACCUGUGAAUGAAAAGGCUAAUGAAUAUUUUUACAUUUUUUUUAUAUACCAAUGAAACUAAACUAUAUUUUGUGUCUUAGGUUCUUAGAAAUGUUUUACAUAUGUAAUUUUAUAAAAUGAAGACUGAAAAAAUACUUUUAUUUUAUUUAUUUAUUGUUGAUAUUUUUACAAUAUUCGCAAUGUUUUUAAUUCUGAAACUUUUUUAAUACAUUUUUUAAAAAAGUAAAGCUGAUUAUCUAACAGAAAUCAUAGAAAUCUAAGUUGUAAACUUGUGUCAAAAUUAGGAAAAUAUCAACAAAUUUU